UCAAACAAAAUUAAAUCAGCAUGAGACAUAUAUGAUCGGAAUGUGAGGUUCCUUUUGUCCUCAUGCUAAACGAUGACGUUUUGCUUCGUUUACGCUUUACCGGACCUCUUCACCUGACAGCCGAAGCAGGCUUCGCCAAAUAGCAUAGAAGUGGAAAGCAGAGAUAGACAGAUCAAAAGACCGAUCAAUUGAUUGAUUGAUCGGAUGAUAGGAGACAUGGAAAGGAUGGUCGCCGUCGGCUUAGUCUGGGGCGCGACGAACGCCCUAAUGCGCCGUGGCGCGCUUCUUUGGGACCAAACGAUUAAAUCGUCCUCUGCUCCACAGUCAAAUCCGCCUAACCUCCGUCGAAAGAUCUUGGUUUCGUUGGAAAGUUGGGUCAAGCUUUUCUUGUUUUGGCAGUACUCGCUUCCGUUCUUGAUAAACCUAUCGGCCUCUGCUACUUUUUUCGCUCUCAUAAGCGAUGCGCCGAUCUCGUUGGCUGUUCCGGUCACCAAUGCGACGACGUUUGCCGCCACUGCCAUCUUUGGAAUGCUCUUGGGAGAGCAGACUCGGGUCAGGCUCGCUUUGUUGGGUACGGGCUUUAUUGUUUCGGGUAUUUGGCUGUGUAUCACAUGACAUGUUCAUAUUCUCUGAAAUUUUGAUUCAAUUACUCAUUUGCUUGAGUAUUUUUUGAUUCUAGAAGUUAACAGGUUUUUUCUUUCUUCCCAUUUCGGGCAUCUGUAUUUGGACACUGAGAAAAGCAAUGUAUUAAUGGGUAAUUGACUUGGA